AGUGGCAGCUUUGUCGGCGCUGCUCGGUGGCUGUUCCUGUCGCUUUGGAACGGCUCUUGGGUGGGGCGAGGCAUGGAAAGGGCGCGCGUGUGGCUUGUAGUGGCAGCCGCGCUGGGAAUGGGGUCGAAGAGCAUGGGUUUAACCUGUCUGGAACACCCACAAAAUGUUACCAUCCAUGUUAUUAAUGCAAAUAUCACCUUGAAAUGGGACUGGGAUAAUCCAUGUGGUCUCAAUGUAAUAUUUUCAGUACAAUACAAAAGAAACUCUGAAAUCUGGGCAGUUAUUCCUCACUGCCAGAAUAUAACUGUCACAGAAUGUGAUCUCUCGUCAACAAUUCAAGAUUAUUUGGAGUCAUACAAUGUGACUGUAAGAGUGAACACUCUGAAAAACCACUCUCCCCAUGCCUCUUUAGAAUUUAUUCCUUAUAUAGAAGCUCAAGUGGGUCCUCCAGGAGUUUGGUUUGAAUCAAUAUAUGGAGACAUAAAAAUCAAUAUUUUACAUCCUGAGGCAGACCAGCAAAAAAUGUGGAAGCAAGACAAGUUAAAAUACAAGCUAACUAUCUGGAAAAAUGCAACCCAUCCUAAGGAAAAAGAACAAUAUAUUUUUCCAGGUGAAAUCAUUUAUGGUCUUGAACCAGAAACUACUUAUUGUUUGAAAGUUAAAGCAUAUGUGGAUUAUCACAUUUCUCUUUACAGUCCCGUGCACUGUAUACAGACUUCUAAAGCUUGGAUUGAUCUGCCUCGUCCUGAAAAUCUUCAGAUUCAUAGCUUGAAUAUGAAACAUCUCUUGUACUGGGAUAAUCUAUAUGAUGGAAAUGUGAGCUUCAUAGUACAGUUCCUUCAUGGAUACAAAGUGCACCAUUCUCCUGAUGUUUCAAAGGAGUGGAAAAAUAUAUCUGGAUGUGAAAACACCCUAACUGCAUUUUGUGAUCUCUCAUCUUCCAUUGGCUCCACUGGAAUUUACUAUCUCCGUGUGCAGGCAAUGCAUAGUCAUAACAAGUCACCUUGGUCUAAAAUGCUAGAAUUUGAACCUAUAGAACAAAAUAAGAUGGGCCCACCAAAUGUCUCAAUCAGUGCCGGUGAGAAUUCAGUCAAUGUUUUCAUCGCUUCUCCUGGAGAAUCUGAAAACAAUGCAAUGAGUGAAAUAUAUGAUUUGACUUACCAUGUUCGGUACUGGAUAGCUUCUUCACCAAUCAAGGAAAAAAAGGAACUCAAACAUAAACCACCACGGUUUAUAAUCUCAAAUCUGAUCUCCUCAACAGUAUACUGCUUGGAAGUGCAAGCAUUUUCUAAAAUAUAUAACAUAAGUAGUGCAUUUAGCAAUGUAACUUGCAUUAGAACAGCCAAAGGAAAACUUUCAUAUGAAGUAAUUACUGUGAUUGUCAUGUUUUCUAUACUAUGCUUUAUCUGUGCUGUGUGUUAUGCUGGGAAAAAUAUCAAAUACGCAUUUUUCCCUAAAUGCAAUCCUCCAAUGAUAAUUGAGAGCUUUGGAGAAAAUGAUUUGAACAGGUUAUGUUUGCUAAUUGCAGAAGAGCAAACAGACAAAUGUAUCGUCAUAAAUUCCAGUGCUGCUCCAGGUGAAGUUAACCUGGAUGACUUCAGAUUUGAAAAAGUGUUGGAACAGAUUAAUCAAGACUCGGGAAACUAUUUUAUUGAUGACAUUUUCAUCUCUGGAGAUAAGGAAUCCCAUCAAACCUCAGAACUAAAAACUGUGUAACUGCAAAAUAAUGAGCUAAAACAAGAUAAGGAAAGCAUCAUGAGGAAAACUUGCUCAUUACAGAAACAACUUUUGUUACCAUUAGUCUACAAAGAACAAAGACCUGGUGCCUAAAAGUGGGCUACAAGCUCCCUCCGCUGACAGCAAUGUUGAGUGUUGUGGCCUGCUGUUGGAAGAACUACUACAAGUAAAGAGCAAAUCUAAUUUGUUUCCUCUUCUUAAAAUGUUAUGGGGAAAAAAUUACUUCAUUUUGAUUUUAACUGGUGCUAAAAUCACAUUCCUCUGUGUGUGUGUAAAUACAAAAAAUCACACCAGGGCAGUUUCAUUCUUACAGCAUUAACUGCAAUGGAUUCUAAGGGACCACUAAUAGGUUAAGCCAGUCUAUAGGGGUUUCCAAAAGUACUAAAGGAAAAGCCUGCUUAUAUUUUUAAAAGGAAGAAAGAAUGUUUGCAUGUACCAAAUACGUAUCUGUGACAAUUAUGCUUUCCUUGUGCAGUUUGAUCACAAUGCCACUGGUACUUUCCAUGUGUCGUCAUCCAUUGUUAAUAUAGUCUUAAGCAAGACACAAAGCAGUUCAUCAGGAUAAAUUUAUAACAAGUAUUAGCAGCAGAUUUAUUUU